AUGUCUCUUGCACGCGCAAUGACGAAGCGCAUGAAGCGAACAGAGGACCCCAAGGAGCCCACUUCGCCCACUCGCCCAACUCGCAGCCAGAGUGUCAAGAACGGCUCCUCCAUCGACCGUGCCAAAAUCUCCCUUCCUAUUGCUCUCGUGUCGACUACCAACAUGCUUUCGUACAACGCACCCGACAUCUCAAGCCUCAAGAACGUGUCCUCCAUGGCCUCUCUAACUCAAUCUUCCUCGGCAGACGACUCGGACCACAGCGUAUCCACACGCUCCCGUGCUUCUUCGCAUGCAUCCAGAGACACUACCUUGACGGAUGCUUCGUCUGUGGAUCUCUCGCCUAUCUCGCCAGUUCCAAACUACGCCGGUGGUUUCCCGUCUGGUGGCAAACCACUGAGGAAGUCUGCUUCAACCACCAGUCUCAAGCAGGUCAAGGAGGAAAUCAUCGAGCCAGUUCCGACUAUCCCGGCGAGGGCCCUCUCCCACAGCAAGCGUGCCCAUGAACGACUCGCUCACAAGCGAUCUCUCCAGAAUGUAGCCACGCGGGGUAGCAUCAGCUCACGUGGAAGCGUGGGCUCCGUGCGUAGCUCGCGCGAACAGCGAUCGUCACUCGACAUGUUCAAGGCCACGAUUGAAGAAGAGAGCCACCCCUUUGGCCGCGAACUCGAGCAGCUCAACGAGGUCGUCGAGGAGUUUGGUGGCGUUGUCCGCGAUGCCGAGGCCGAAGCGGAUCAUUCCGCUAUGCUGUCUAGGAAUCUGGCCGCUUACUGUGCUGCCGACUAUCUUGCCGAGAUUCGUCCACUGUUCAGCCAACGGUUUGGCAUGCCACACCAAGCUCCUGCCAUGGCCUGGAUCUGA